CCCAGAGAGUUCCUAGGUGACCUCUCCGGAGUCUGUUGCCCACCCCGGAUCCGGAGGGUCUGAAGAGUGGAGGAGUUUGGAGUGGCCAGGGACAGUGCGUCUCGGCUGUGAAGUCGGUGGGGGACCACCAGUGGUGAUAGCCAGCACCCUUGCCGAGUGUUUUCCUUGCACUGGUCCUUCUGGAAAGCUGGGAAUUUUCCACCUGGAAAUUCCUCUAAAGAAUUUGCUGGAAGCAGAUACAUGUGAAUUUUCUACAUGAAGGCUCUCAAACUGGAUUACAUAAUAAUAUGCCUGUAUCCUCUGACUCUGUUUGAUCCUUAAAAAUGAUUAGGAUUGUGUAUGAAAUUUAACUCUUUUCUGAUGAGUGGCCUAGACAUGAGUUUACAUCAGCAAAUGGGCUCUGAUCGGGACCUCCAGUCUUCUGCUUCCUCUGUGAGCUUGCCAUCAGUUAAAAAGGCACCAAAGAAAAGAAGAAUUUCAUUGGGCUCACUUUUUCGGAGAAAAAAAGACACGAAACGCAAGUCUAGGGAUUUAAAUGGAGGUGUUGAUGGAAUUGCAAGUAUCGAAAGUAUUCAUUCAGAAAUGUGUACAGACAAGAACUCUGUUUUUUCCACAUGUACCUCUUCUGAUAAUGGAACAACCUCUAGCAGCAAACCAAGUGGAGACUUCAUGGAAUGCCCCUUGUGCCUUUUGCGGCACUCCAAGGACAGGUUCCCGGAGAUAAUGACUUGUCACCAUAGAUCUUGUGUGGAUUGCUUGCGUCAGUAUCUCCGGAUAGAAAUCUCUGAGAGCAGAGUUAAUAUUAGCUGUCCAGAAUGCUCAGAACGAUUUAAUCCUCAUGAUAUCCGUUUGAUAUUAAAUGAUGACAUCUUGAUGGAAAAAUAUGAAGAGUUUAUGCUGAGGCGGUGGCUGGUUGCGGAUCCUGACUGUAGGUGGUGCCCAGCUCCAGACUGUGGAUAUGCUGUGAUCGCUUUUGGAUGUGCCAGCUGUCCCAAGCUUACGUGUGGACGAGAAGGCUGUGGAACUGAGUUUUGCUACCACUGUAAGCAAAUUUGGCAUCCCAACCAGACCUGCGAUGCUGCUCGCCAGGAGAGAGCUCAGAGUCUGCGCCUGAGAACAAUUCGUUCUUCAUCUAUUAGUUACAGCCAGGAAUCUGGAGCAGCAGCUGAUGACAUAAAGCCAUGCCCACGCUGUGCUGCUUAUAUAAUAAAAAUGAAUGAUGGAAGCUGCAAUCAUAUGACUUGUGCUGUCUGUGGCUGUGAAUUCUGUUGGCUAUGUAUGAAAGAGAUCUCAGAUUUACAUUAUUUAAGUCCAUCAGGUUGCACAUUUUGGGGGAAGAAACCAUGGAGCCGUAAGAAGAAAAUACUGUGGCAGCUAGGGACACUUGUUGGAGCUCCUGUAGGAAUUGCCUUAAUAGCUGGCAUUGCUAUUCCUGCUAUGAUUAUUGGAAUUCCUGUGUAUGUGGGACGUAAGAUUCACAAUCGAUACGAAGGCAAAGACAUCUCAAAGCACAAGCGAAACUUGGCUAUAGCAGGUGGUGUAACCUUAUCUGUAAUUGUGUCUCCAGUUGUAGCUGCAGUAACUGUAGGUAUUGGUGUUCCUAUUAUGCUGGCUUAUGUGUACGGAGUUGUUCCAAUUUCCCUCUGCCGAAGUGGAGGCUGUGGUGUGUCAGCUGGCAAUGGAAAAGGUGUCAGAAUAGAAUUUGAUGAUGAAAAUGAUAUAAAUGUUGGUGGAACAAAUGCAGCUGUAGAUACCACUUCCGUGGCAGAGGCACGACACAACCCCAGCAUAGGAGAAGGAAGUGUUGGAGGACUGACUGGCAGCCUAAGUGCAAGUGGGAGCCACAUGGAUAGGAUUGGAGCCAUCCGAGACAACCUCAGCGAAACCGCGAGUACCAUGGCCCUGGCUGGGGCCAGCAUCACAGGGAGCCUCUCGGGGAGCGCAAUGGUUAACUGCUUUAACAGUCUGCAAGAUGACGCUAGUUUUCAACUACUGUGCUUUAACUGUUGUGGCAGUAUAUGCAACUCUCUCUCUUUCUCUCAAAGACUGGAAGUACAAGCAGAUGUGCAGAAAGAACGAUACAGUUUGAGUGGAGAAUCUGGCACAGUUAGCUUGGGAACAGUUAGUGACAAUGCCAGUACCAAAGCAAUGGCAGGAUCCAUUCUGAACUCCUACAUCCCUUUGGACAGGGAGGGCAACAGCCUGGAAGUGCAGGUGGAUAUCGAGUCCAAGCCAGCCAAGUUCCGACACCACAGCGGGAGCAGCAGCGUGGAGGACGGGAGCGCUGCCGGGCGCGGCACCGCCGGCUGCUCCUCCGCCGGCCCGCAGGAGGGCAAGUCCGGCGCCGCCAAGUGGUCCAAGGACAACACGGCGGGGAAAAAGUGCAAAGGUAAACUGAGAAAGAAGAGCAGCAUGAAGAUUAAUGAGACAAGAGAGGACAUGGAUGCUCAGCUGUUGGAACAGCAAAGCACAAACUCCAGUGAAUUUGACUCUCCCUCUCUCAGUGAUAGUAUUCCAUCUGUAGCAGAUUCGCACUCCAGUCAUUUCUCUGAGUUUAGUUGCUCAGAUAUGGAAAGUAUGAAAACUUCCUGUAGCCAUGGUUCCAGCGACUAUCAUACUCGCUUUACCACAGUCAGUGUUCUCCCUGAGGUGGAAAACGAUCGCUUGGAAAACUCUCCACAGCCAAGUGGAAUCCCUGUGCCUGUUCCAACAGCACCAAGCACUGAUGUUCCACAGCUGAGUUACAUUGCUGAGGAAAGCAUUAAUAAUGGAUCUUCGACAGAUGUAGAUUUAGGUGUUGGUGAAGCACUGAAAGAAACAAACAACAAUCAUUCACAACAUGCUGUGGAAUUAAGCACUGCUAUUCAGACUGAAAUUUAAGUCUGUAAGUGCUGCAAAAAUCUUUGCCACUAGAGAACCCUGUCUGAAAGCUGAUUGAAUUACAAGCGGCUUCCGUAAGUUUCAGGUGACCAGCAGAAGCAAGGUUUUGAUACAACUGCAUUUUCUAUAUACUUGUCUGAUAAGGCAAAAUACUUCAUAUGGAUCUUCAACCUGUGUGAAGAGGCGUGCAGGCUUUAACCAAGUGCAUUACAGCAGUACAAAUACGUCCAUGUUUUGUAUUUUUGCCACAACUUUGCUUGAAAGUAUAUACUUGGUGUAUUUAGAGAAAAAAUGGUAAAUUCUUAAUAUGUUAAAUGCUGAAAUGAAUAAUAUGUCCUGCACUGUUCACUUGGAAAAUAUGGGGUUUCGGUAAAAUGGUGUUAGCUGAGCAUUAGUGACUUAAAACCACUCUUGUGUGAACUCUUAAAUUUAAGGGAAGUAGAAGACCUGCAAAGACCUCUACAAACAUACUUCAAUAGUGAAUAUUUGGAAUGAUAAUUUCGUUUCAUAACUGGACACACCAUAUUUAGAGUGCAUGUAGAAUGAACUGCAUAUCUGCAGAUGGAUGUAGCCUGUGUCAGAAGUGUUUGUAUGUGUGUACACUUUGAGCAGGGUUUUGGCAUUUUACAUAAUUUCAAAACAAAAAAAAUUGGUACUUCAUAUAUAUGGUGGAAUGGAGACGUUACCUGGGAAGAUCAGUGGGGUUACCUAUUCAUUCAUGCAGCCAAUCAUGCGGCAGGUAAGGCUACUAUAUAGUGUAUAAAAACUGUAAAAUAACAAUCGAGUGAUUUAUAAACACUGUAGAAAAGCAGAUGCAGUCACCUUUCAUUAGGGGGAAAAUCGGUGCCCCAUCAAUUCUUGGUGCCUUUGGAAAAGACUGGGUUUGAAGUGCCUGGUCGUUUGAGGAUUUUACUGUAAUGUUUUCCAGAAUGUCCUCUUUGGCCACCUUGGAUCACAAAAGAAAAUUCUAGUGAAUAAAACGACUGUGGUAGAUAUAAUAGAGUUAUUGGCCUACCAAAGACUCACUCAGGCUUUAGUGGACUUGACAUCUCUUUGCAAGACAUGCCUGUCUUCAGUCCCAGAAUCUAAGUGCAGUGCAAUGACUGCCCAAGUGCAAAGAUGGGUUCCAAAUAUGCUGGCUUUUUUUUUCUUUCGCAUAUGAAAGAUAUACAGCUGAACACAAGCUGAAGUUGGCCAAAGCGCCUGUACUGUUAACAUUUUUUUGCUAAGUAAUUCACUAAAACGGAAAAAACGAUUGUGAAUCUCAUAAUGGUUAACAAUGUUCUGUCUUGUGUUUCAUGUAUUGCCAUUAUGGUGCUACUGGAAGUUUGGUUGGAUAAAAAAGAAAAUGCCAUGAGCUGCAGUCCUCUUCCAUGACUUAUCCUCACCAGUUUCAGUAAUAGGCUUAUAACACUAGUGCCAGUUAUGUUAUUUGGUAAUGCUUGUUACAGUAUUUGUAUAUUUGCAAUUCAGUUUUGCUCAAUAAUAUGCGUGUAAACUGCAUAUCUGAAAUAAAUGUCUAAAUACUGA